AUGGAUCCGACACCUAUGCGUACAAAAUAUGGCAUCGGUGCCUGCGCCAUGGACCUCUCAGAAGAACUCGCGACGCAUCCUGUUAUCACUUUCUCUGUCAACAUGGCUCGUGUCUCUCGAUUCACUGAAGAAUUCGAUCUGACCUCUUUCCCUCCUCUCGAACGCCAAACUGCAAUGGCGGAGAAAGCCGCCCUGAUGGAUAUCAAAUCAGUGGCCGAAACCAAGAAGACUUCUUCCAUCUCCCCCAUUAAAGGUUUCCGGCGCCUCGCUACCUACUACAAGCGCCAUUUCAAUCAACUCGUGAUAUGCAACCUCCGCCAAAUCAGCAACCAUCAUGAUAAUGAAAACAUUGAAGCCGGCUCGAUGUUUUCAACAUAUGGGGCCCGCAUGGCAUCUGAAGCAGAACUCAAACGACAAUCUGAACGAAACCAUCUCGACUAUAUUUUCUACCUUGGUCCUGACGACGAGUCGUCAAUUUGCAAUUCAACUGCAUUCAAAGCAAACAAAUCCACCAGUGCAGUCACAAAAGCUCAUGCUACCGCUGAGCCGCGAUGUCCUGAUGCCCCAACUGUAUGGGCUCAGGUUUAUGUUAUUACGGGAUAUGAAUCUGAAAUUGAACGGAUUAAAGAGAAUACCAAGGCUACUUUGGAAGCAUUCGGUAUUGAAACGGAUGAGGAAUGA